AUGUCUCUGUGCAAGAGCUACGGUAAAGAUAAGGUGAUCUUCGCCACUAAAGAGGAUCAUGAGACUCCCAGCACGGUGCAGUUGCCGGAAUCGGAACCGCGACAGGGCUUGAUUUUGGAGAAUGGCGAUAUCAACUGGAACUGUCCCUGCCUCGGAGGCAUGGCGAUCGGCCCCUGUGGGGUCGAGUUCCGGGAAGCGUUCUCCUGCUUUCACUAUAGCCAAGCCCAACCCAAAGGAUCGGAUUGCUACGAGGCGUUUAGUACAAUGAACGAAUGCAUGAGAAACUAUCCGGGUGUCUACAAACAGAACCUAAACGAGGAGGAGGAUGAAGAUGCAAGCAACGUUGCAGGAAUGAUAGCCGACGAUAAUGACGACGAGGACGAAAAGGAAGAUGUUGAUCCACCGGCCAAAUCUGCGGCCUCGGAGAAGACAGUAGCUACCAAGGCAAAGUAGUUUGUAUUUGGUUUAAAAGUUCCAGAAAUUGGCAUCUUUGUCUAAAGUAAAGUAUGUUGCAUUAGUAGUGUUAAAGUUGAACAA